GGAGUGUGUCAGUGCAGUAUUUCUUAAUAUUUUACUUGACGUUUGAACGAUGUUUAGCAAGAAACCUCAUUCAGAUGUCAAAAAAUCAUCACAGAAAGUGCUUGAUUCCAAAAAAGAUUGUUUGUCUCGUUUGAAACAUUUGCGUAUUGUUCUAGAUAAUUCUGAUAUAACUGAAGCAAAAUUAUUUUUUGAAAGUAACUACAGUCAUAUUUAUUAUGUUUUUUACGAUGUUUUUAUCUAUGCUGAAAAUAACUUAAAACAACCACAUCAUCGAAAUUCAAGAGAGGAUCUUGAAAUUGUGCGGUUUAUAUUUGAGAAAAUUUUAAUUUUAUUGCCUGAACUUGUCAAUAGAAGAUGGCAGUGUCACAGUAUACAAAGGAUCAUGAAAAAAUUUUUGCAUUUUGGGAAUUCAGUGAAACUUCGGAGAGAAGGAGUUCGUUUAUUCCUUUUAUGGUACCAGAUACUGGGUGAGAAUGCCCCUGAAGAACUAGAUGCUGUUUUUGUAUCAUUAAUACCUGGAAUAAUACCUGGUGUACAUAACCCCUUUUUAACUGCUCAAAGCUCCAAUCAAAAUCAUGGAAUUUUUAGUAGAGGAACUAAUGCCGGUGAUGCAUACCAAGAAACAUCAACAUUUUAUGCAAACACAGCUGAUACUUCUGAUACUGGUCCUGUGUGCCCUAUAGAGAUUAAUCCAUUGCUGCCUCCAUUAAGUGGGGAACAGUUGCCUGAUGAUUCCACUCGCUAUUACUUAGACUCUGUAUUGGAAUUUAUGGUGUCGCAAGUGUGCAAAGUAGAAUGGCGAGACAAAUCUGAAGCCCGAUUUUUAAGGAGCUUUAAUUUUUUAUUCGAAAAAUUUAAAAAACAUUACUUGCCACACUUGUUUCCCGAAUUUAGUUCUACAACAAAUUUAUUUGCUCCAUCAUUAGAACUGCCUUCUUUGAGACGUGAAGGUGAUUUGAAAGUUGAACAUGAUAGUAGUAGAUUUCCUCAUAAGGAUACUCUUCCUCACUGUCAAUCUAUUGUUAUACGAUGGAUUACUCAUUUUACCCUUCAAUGUAUAAAAAAGGCUAACGUAACGUUCCAACAGUCUGCUCCCUCUGAAUCGCAAGAACAGACUGAUACAAACCGUCCAACUUCAUCAGCUGAAGCAGAUUCAAAUCAAACAACGAGUAAUCUUUUAACUGCUUCUUCAUUCGGAAUGGAAAGAGAUCCCAGCAGUACUUCUUUGGGGAAUGAAGAUCUCACUUAUAGAGAUUACAAAACUGUCAGAGACACUCUUUAUUCUAGUCGUGAAAACAUCAAUAUGGUGAAUGAGAUAUUUCGCCAGGCGUUUUUGAUGCAGUUUAGGUAUGCAUCAACUAUGAGAAAAGUUGUUGCAGUAUACAGGGAAUGGAUUCAUAAAAAUAGCCCUGAUAAACCAUUGUUUUUGGAAGAACCUGUUGCAUCGGCCGCAGAGUCAAAAGAAGAUAAAAUCGAAACUUCUAAGACAAAUGAAUCUGAUGAUUUAUUUGAACAUCAGGGAUCUCAAGAACCAUUAGGAAUGCGCUUAAGGAAAGAUUCUUAUCUGAAAGCCAUCCAUAGCGAUGUUAACCGUUUGAAAGCAGGGCUUCAAAAUAUGCUGAUGAUAUUUCUUUCUAAUACAGCAAAUGUAUUUUUGCUUGAUCUAUCGCAUGAUAAUAUUGGCAUGUUAGAAGAACAGGUUGAUAUGUGUAAACGUGUUUUGAACAUUUAUCGAUACAUGGUAAUGAAUGUUAACAUGGAGAAAAGGGUUUGGGAGCAGUUACUGUUGGUUCUGCUGCAGAUAACCUCUCUUGUUCUGAAAGAAGUUCCUCCUGUUAGAAAAGAAGAUACUUUAGGUGGAAGAUUAGCACCAGCUCUUUUUCAAACUCUUAUUGUUACCUGGAUCAAAGCAAAUUUAAAUGUUGUGAUAUCCACAGAACUCUGGGAUCAAUUUAUUUCUGUUUUGUCAUCUUUAACUCAGUGGGAAGAGCUGAUUAAAGAAUGGGCAAAAACUAUGGAAACAUUGACCAGAGUAUUAGCAAAGCAAGUCUAUUCUCUAGAUUUGAAUGAUUUACCUUUGGACCGACUGAGUGAGCAAAAGAUCAAAAGAAUUCGUGGUGCCAGGAAAACAAUGAUAGGGAAUUUAGACAAUAAGUUUGAAAAAGAGAAGUCAAAAAGUGAAAAUAUUACUGAUAAAGGAAACUUUUUGGUUGGAAAUGUAUAUGAUGAUCAUCCAUCUCAAAAUAUUGAUCAAAGAACCGGACAUCCAGUUGUAAGAACUCGCUCAGGCAGUGGAGAUCAUUCUAAAAUUCAUGGAUCUAUUUCUGAUGGUGGCAUCCGCCGAAGUAUUAGUGAUUCCAGUUUGUUUAAAAAAGCUAUCCAUCAACACAAAGAACAUGCUAUUUAUGUAUCUGGGCAGAAACAAGUAUUUGUAACUGGUGCUUCCCCGUCCGUUGAAGAGGAUUUUUCUAAAGUUGUUCCCCAAUUUGAAGAAUACAGAGAAUCGUCAAAAAAAUAUGUGUAUUCCCGCCAAAAGAGCAAAUCUCUAGAUUUUUUAGCACACAGAGCUGAAUCUCCCUGCUUUUCUGAAUCCUCUGAAUGUCGAAGUAGAUCCCCUUCUCCAACUCCAUCUAGUGGUUUGGAGAACACAAGUAUUAAAGAUUCUCCAAUGCAAAUUGAUGCUGUCAUGUCCAGUACAGAUAAUUCAUGCAAUAACUCAGGUCUGUCUGAAAGGAAAAAAAGAGAAAUUGGUACAUGUAGCUCUCAGGAAGCACGGAGUGUCAUGUCCGGGGGUACUACUCGAGGUUGGUUAUCUGAUGUCGCAGUAGUUCUGUGGAAGAGAAUGCUAGGAGCUUUAGGAAAUAUUAAUAAAAUUAAAGAUGCUAUAAUUCAUGCUCAAGUUCUUAAGUACCUUGUUGAUCUUUCUGAGCUUUUAAUAAAAAUUCGAGAUAAUUUAGGAGUAACGUUAGAUAACCAUACAACCCCUCCUCCUCCAGAGCUCUUGCCACCUCUUCUUCUUGUUGCUCCAUGGUUGUUUCAGGCUCUUAGUUUACCUGAAAAGUACAAACAGGGAAAACUUCUUGCAUACAAACUACUUUGUAUAUUAAUGUUACGUCGUCAUGAUUUGCCCAUCAGUAAAGAUCAUCUUGUACAUUUUUAUCAUGCUCUUCAUUAUGGCCUCAUGGCCAACGAUCAGGAUAUUAUUAACACAAUAGUAAAGUCCUGUGGUCCAAAUUUUUUCUCUGUUGGACUUCCAGGCUGCACUCUUUUGAUUAUGGAUUUUAUAUACGCUGCAGAUACAGUUAUUUCAAGCAGUGAUGUAAAUGGAGUUCCUAGAACUGAAGCAAUGUCUAUUUUAGGCGCAUUGUUAUGCUUACCUAAUAUAUACAAAGAAAUUUCAACUCUUCAGCCUUCAUCAACAGAAUUAUUUACCAUUGCUUGCAAUGAUGCAAAAGAUCAUAUUACAAGCAUAUUAUUUAAAGCUGGAAAGCGAGAGCCAGCUGGUCUGGCAAGGUGUAUCGCUAUCAACAGCAUUGGUAUUUAUUUAUAUGAAGAAUUAAUGAAUAGAACAAAUCAUUAUCGCAUAAAAGAAGCUGUUACAGUCUUACUUAUUGCUGUUAGGUUUAACUGUAAAGCUGUAGCUCGUGUUGCCUCUGACAUGCUACUCCUUUUAUGUGAUCACGCUGAAGAAUUGCAAAAGAACUAUGCUGAACUAUCUAGGAGUGUUAUUGAGGUUCUUUCAUCAACUUUAGAAAAUUUGUUGCCCAGUUCUGAUGGUGUAGUUUCAGAGGAUGACAAAAAGCUUAUUCUUUCACUGAUACAUUGCAUUGGGGAAUGGUGCUUUAUCAUAAAAAUCGGUUCUCCAUUGUCAGCAGAACAAGAUUAUGCAUCCUUAAUGGCUGUAUUUAAGGUUCUGGCAGCAGCUAUAAGUGGGAAGAAAAGUGACAUUCCUCAAGAUACUCAGUCUUUGAACGAACUAUCUACUCCUGAUGUUGAUCCUAAUGUCCAGGUUGAAAAUUUUCAAGAAGGAACCACACCCACUCCAUCUGUGCCUCCACGAACCCUCCAAAGUCCAGAGAAAGCACGAUCAGCAGACAGUUCUUUCUUCAAAUCCUUGCAUCACCAUGAUAACAAUGCACUCAUUAAGAUGGCUGCUAAAAGUUUGAUGUACCAUUUGGUGAACCAUCUGGGGCAUUUUCCGAUGGGGAUUGGCGCUGCAAGAUUGACAAGUCUAGUCACUGAGCAUGACGAUGUCCCAAGCUUAACUGGAGAUGAAUUAUCAUCGGAUGUUUUCCAUGCUCCAAAUAUUCAGUUCUUUGUCUUAAAUAACUGCUCAAUUGUUUCCCUGGUAGAGAUCCCUUCUUUGGAUAUGCCUGGUGGAGGUGCAACUGCCGGACUGACGACAUCCAAAUCUCAAGUGCGGAUAAUCAUUAGAGAUUUGUGUGGAAAAUUUUCUUGGGAUUGUUCCAUACUCUAUGGUCUACCUGAUUUUUAUAUGAGUUCAUCUGAUCUGGAUUGCUUCAGUACGGCCUCAAGUUUAACUGUUCCUCAAGAUUCUACUUCAACUUCCAGCCUUAAUCUCAGUGGCCUUUCUAGUUCUUUAUCUAGUCAUACUCUCAGGCAUAGACCCAAAGAUGAAUUACCUACUGUUGAGAAUAGUGCUGAUGAUUUGGAUAAUUUGGAUGAUCUGCUGCAAUUUGUGGGACAUACAAGCUCUGAAUGUGUGUCUAUCCCAGGACAAGCAUUAAAUGCUGCACCUAAGUUGCCCAAUGAAGAAGGAAGGAAUAAAGAAAUGGAUGUAAUGAAUCUCAUUUUGAGUCAGCGGAAUCAAGAACAAGCUCAUUUUGGAAAACAUUCUCUUAGUAGCUGCAUGGAAGCAAAAAGUGUCUCAUCACCAUUACCGUGUGAAUCAAAUGCUCAAUUUCAUCAUUGCCGUUUGCUUCUGAAUCAGUUAGGCUUCACUUCUUGGGAAAAGAGAUCAAGCUUUGAUUUGCUGAAAAAGAAUGAGCAGCUAUUAAGAGAGCUGCGCAAUUUAGAUAAGCAAGUUUGCCGUGAUACACAUAAAAUUGCUGUCAUAUAUGUAGCUCCAGGUCAAGAAGAUAAAAAUUCUAUUUUAUCCAAUCAAGGUGGAAGUCAGGAAUUCGAAGAAUUUGUUGCAGGACUUGGAUGGGAGGUUGAACUAGAGAAUCAUCCAGGUUUUCUGGGUGGUUUACAACGAAAUAAGAGUACCGGUGAAACAGCUCCAUAUUAUGCUACGCCAUUUACAGAAGUUGUUUUUCAUGUAUCCACUAGGCUGGUCAACAUUUUUGAGCCAGAUACUGUGCAUAAGAAGGUUUGCCAUUUGGGUAAUGAUGAGGUUCAUAUUGUUUGGACUGAACAUUACAGAGACUAUCGUAAAGAAAUUAUUGCCACUGAAUUUUGCGAUGUUUUGAUUGUGAUAUGCCCUGUUGGUGGAAGACUUUAUCGCAUCCAUAUUUCCAGAAAAUUGGGAAUUCCUUUUUUUGGGCCUUUAUUCAAUGGUGCCAUAGUGGGGCAUAGAGUUUUGCCUGGUCUUGUACGAGCUACUGCACUGAAUGCAAAUAGAGCCAAGAGAUCAUUGAUUUCUUUGUACAUGAACUAUUAUGAGGAACGCAAUAAAUCACUUGAAACUGUUGUCCAAAACCAUAAAGAUCCAACAACAUUUGAGCAGUUUGCAACAAAUGUUUAUUCUCCUGUUCCUCCAAAGCCAUUUCUUCCCAGCAGAUCAUCAGGGUAA